GCAAGGGAAAGACGCAAGCGGAUGGUAUCUGACCCUGGGAUUUAUGCUGCUAAUCUGAUUACUAUAUGAUGGAUGUGUCCAGUUGGAAAGAGAUGGAGGUGGCACUAGUCAAUUUCGACAAUACUGAUGAAAUAAUGGAAGAUCCCAGUUAUUCAAAUGAUUUCAGCACUGCUGCCCAACUGCAGAAAAGAGACCUCAGCUGUGCCAGCCUCCUACCCAAUUGGAGACUCCUCCUCAAUAGCGAGAACAGCAACAAUGAGACCAUUUUCUCCAAGUUCUCUGCCGAGUUCGGCGAGCACCUGAUGAGGGAGAAGGAGGGCAUGGACGAGGGCGACCAGAGAGUCAUCAUCAACAUUGCUGGGCUUCGGUUCGAGACGCAGCUCAAAACCCUCAAUCAGUUCCCUGAGACUCUGCUUGGGGACCCAGAGAAGCGGAUGCACUACUUUGACUCCAUGAGAAACGAGUACUUCUUCGACAGGAACAGGCCCAGUUUUGAUGGGAUUCUCUACUACUAUCAGUCUGGUGGGAAAAUCCGGCGCCCGGCCAACGUCCCUAUAGAUGUCUUUGCCGAUGAAAUCACAUUCUAUGAGCUGGGCAAUGAAGCCAUGGACCAGUUCAGGGAAGAUGAAGGCUUCAUUAAGGAUCCAGAGACUCUUUUACCCACCAAUGACUUCCACAGGCAGUUCUGGCUGCUCUUUGAAUACCCUGAAAGCUCCAGUGCAGCCAGGGGUGUAGCUUUGGUCUCCGUCCUUGUCAUUGUCAUUUCCAUCAUCAUCUUCUGCGUGGAGACCUUGCCUGAGUUCAGGGAGGAACGGGAGUUUAAAGCCAUCAAAGACGCCACUCACAACUUGACCAAAGCCAACCCAGCCCCUAACACCUUCACGGACCCCUUUUUUGUCAUAGAAACUGCCUGCAUCAUCUGGUUCUCCUUUGAGCUCUUUGUCAGAUUCGUUGUGUGCCCCAGCAAGGCCGCCUUCUUCAAGAACAUCAUGAACAUCAUUGACAUUGUAUCCAUUAUUCCCUACUUCGUGACCCUCACCACUGAACUGGUCCAGCAGAGCGAACUCAAUGGGCAGCAGAACAUGUCCCUGGCUAUUCUGAGGAUUAUCCGCCUGGUCCGGGUCUUCCGCAUCUUCAAGCUCUCGCGACACUCCAAGGGCCUGCAGAUUCUGGGGCAAACACUCAAGGCCAGCAUGAGGGAGUUGGGCCUGCUCAUCUUCUUCCUCUUCAUUGGUGUCAUUCUCUUCUCCAGCGCCAUCUACUUCGCAGAAGUGGAUGAGCCACAGUCUCAUUUCUCCAGCAUUCCUGAUGGGUUCUGGUGGGCUGUGGUCACAAUGACAACUGUUGGCUAUGGAGACAUGUGUCCUACCACCUUGGGUGGGAAGAUAGUUGGGACCCUUUGUGCUAUUGCAGGGGUGUUAACCAUUGCGCUGCCUGUUCCAGUCAUUGUCUCUAACUUCAACUAUUUCUACCACCGGGAGACAGAGAACGAGGAGAAACAAAUUCUACCCCGGGAGGUGGAGAGAAUACUCACUAGCAUAGCUGCGGCCAGUGGCAGCAUGGAAUCCUUGAACAAAACCAAUGGGGGGUGCUCCCAUGACAAGCACAGGAAAUGAUGAUGGGUCUUGGAGGGACUGGUGUCAGAUUGGAU